UGCGCAGGCAGGGCGGCGGGAGGGCCGCGUGGCCGUUCCGCCCGGCACCGGCAGGCCGUCGGCGGUCGGUGGACGGAGUGCCCGGCCGUGGCGACGGAGCUUCGUGCUCACUUCUCGCUGGCGGCGGUCUUUGGGCGGCUGCCGCCCUGCCCUGAGCUGCCGCCCUGCCCUGAGCUGCCGCCCAGCCCGAGGCUCCCGCCGGCCCUUUCCCGUCAGCCGCCGGCACGCUGCACGUCACUUCGGCCUGCCAGGUUUUGUUACAGGUUUUAAUGUUUUUGCGAUAUGGAAAAGAAUAAUCUUUGAAACUUGUCAAGUAGAAGUAUAUAUGGUCAAAGAAGAUGUUCAUUCUCCAGAGUUUAUAGACUUAAAAAGCUGCAUAUUGGACAUCAUGAGUUUGUCAUCUCCAGUCAGCUACGCUGUCACAGAAGCUAAAUGCUUACAUAAUGCCAAGUGUGAGUCACAGUUACUACAAAAUAGCAAUGAAUCAGAAUUGGAUGCUGCUGAAGAUCUGAGAAGGAAACUCUAUCAAGCUAAAAAAGAAAAAUUAGAUUUAACCAUUAAACACAAUCAAGAACUGUCCAACUGUGAAAGCCAGAUAGUCAAAUUACGGUCGGAAAUUGAGAAAGGAGAGGCUCUUCGACAAAGUCUGGAGUAUGAACUGGCAAUUGCCAGAAAAGAUGCUCGUCUGAAAACAUAUGCUGCAGAAGAGGAGUUAAGUGAUGCAAAAAACAAACUUGCGGAACUGCAAGUAUUGAAUGAAAAACUUCAGCAGAAAGUGGCAGAGAGUGAGAAAAUGUUUCAUAUUGCUCAGCAGAAGUGGAAAGAACAACAACAAAGGCUUGCAAGUGAGAAGGAUGAUAUCCGCAGAACUUGCAACAGUGAAUAUGAAUUGCUUCUUAAGGAAAGAACCAAACUAGAAAGUGUUUUGCAGGAGCAGAAUAACGCAUUGCAAAAUAUGUGCAAGAAAAUGAAAGAUAUGGAGGUGGAACACAAUGAUUGUACUGAGCUCCUGAGGCGCCAGGCCAAUGAGCUUGAAUAUAGUGCUGAACGAGAGGAGCGACUUAAAAAAGAACUUGAAGCAGCUACAGUGAGAAUAAAGAAACUGGAAGAAAACAUUGAAGCAGAGAGAGCAGCACAUUUGGAAUCCAAAUUCAAUUCAGAGAUCAUCCAGUUAAGAAUUCGAGACCUUGAAGGAGCUUUGCAGGUGGAAAAAGCCAGCCAAGCAGAAGCUCUUUCGGAUUUAGAAAUGAUCAAGAAAGAGUUCAAAGAGGUGGAAUAUGCAUAUGAGAGAGAAAAACACAAUGCCCAAGAGAACUUGGAAAAACUCAAUGUAUUAGAAAGAGAGUGUUUCUCCACAAACAAGCAAAUGAAUGAGAAGAUUGAAGAAAAGAAGAAGGUAAUUAAAGACCUCUCUGAGAGACUAGGGAAUAAUGAAAAAACCUGCAGAGAAUUACAGGAGGAACUUGCAAAGGCCAAGAAACACCAGGUCUUUCUAACAGAGACGUAUGAAAACAACAUGAGAGAGCUGGAGUUACUCUUGGACAGCUUUGCUAUGUCAGGCCAGCGGACAGCAGGUGCUUGUGAGGACAAAGAUAAACCUCCAAGCCUCUCUGUCCUUGAGACUUUGAGGUGUACCUUGACAGCUUACCAGAACAAGCUGGAAGAUAUGUCUAAUGAGCUUGGGAAAAUGAGGCCUUUGUGUGAAAAGAUGACAAAAGAACUUGAGAUAUCCAAAGAGAAAAUGUUUGCUUUAAGUCAAGACCUUAAGGAAGCUCAGGAUAACCUGGCUGAUGCCAAUAAAGAGUUAAAUCAUUUGCACACUGAGUGUGCUUACAGAGAGACUUUAAUGGGAGCUUUAAAAAUGGAACUACAGAAUGUACGGCAAUGCUGGGAGAAGGAGAAAGUACAUGCCACAGAAUCUGAAAAUGAAAUCCAGAAGCUUACCAGGGCUUACCAGAAGGAUAUGGAGGACAAGCUAACCUUCCUCCAUAGCUUAUACCAGCAUUUGGUAGCAGGCUGUGUGCUUAUAAAACAACCAGAAGGCAUCCUGGAUAGAUUCUCUUGGUCUGAGCUUUGUGCAGUCUUGCAGGAGAAUGUUGAUACCCUGAUCUUAGACCUCAGCAGGGCUAAUGAGAAGAUAUCUCACUUAGAAUAUGUUUGUAAGAACAAGUCUGAUACUAUGAAGGAGCUUCAGCAGAACCAGGAAGAUGCUUUUAGCAAAAUGGCUGAACAGAUGAAAGCACAGGAAAGCUGUUGGCAGAAACAAAAAAAGUAUCUGGAACAGCAGUACUCAGGUCUCCUUGGGGAAGUUCAUGCAAGGGCACAGGAAUACCAAGAAACAGCAGAGAAAAACAAGGAAAAAAUUUAUGUCCUUGAAAAAAGACAGGAGAAAUUGGCCCUUGAAAAUGUUUCCGUGAAAAAUAUGUUAACGCAGGUUCAGAAGGAGCAUUCAUCUCUCCUGGCAGCCUGUGCACUAUUGGCAGGUGCCCUGUAUCCUCUCUAUAGCCGAUCUUGUGCUAUGUCUUCCCAAAGAGACCUUCUGCAGGAUCAGGUCAACAUUUAUGAAUUAGUGAACCAGGAGAUUAGGACCCUAGUUCAUGCUCUCUCUGAUGUAGCAGAAAACAAUCAAGAUGAAGCAAAACUGAAGAAAAGAACAUUCAAAGGCCUGAUUCAUGUAUUCCGAAGAGGUGUGAUUGCAGUUUUGGCAGCUAACAGACUUAAAGUUUUAGCCCAGUCUUCUAAUUCCCUCUUCUCCUGGGUAAAUGGCUUCAAAGAAGGCAUUGGAAUUCUCGUUUGUAUAGGAGACUCCAAAGGCAAGCGUAAUCUGUCAAGUUGUGAAGAAGAACAAAUUCGCUGUGUUGAAGCACUCAGCUGGUUUACUAGUUCUAACCUCCUUGCUGCAAUAAUCAGUUCUGUCACUGAAUUACAGGAUGUUGUUAACAAAACAGAUCCAAAGCCCUGGCUUUCUGGACACGUCGUUGCAAGUGCAGCCAGGAACUCCUUUUCAAAACUUAUGGACAAGCUGAAUGUAAUGAUGGAGACUAUUCCACUAGACAGCAGCAGGAGUAUUACUCAUCUGGAGAAAGACUCUUUGGUACAGAGGCUGGCUCAUGGACUUCAUAAAAUAAAUACCCAGGCCUUGGAAGCUGGAUUGUGUGACAGACUGCCCGUUACGAAAAGCAUAGCAUCCUUGCAGAAGCAAAUAUUUGAAUUUACACAAAGACUUCAUACAGCAGAGGUGGAACGACGUUCACUGCGCCUAAAACUUGCAGAAUUCAAGUGGAAUUUCAGUGAGAUGAAAAAAGAAGCUGACAAAGCACAGAGCCUGCAAGAGCAAUUAAAUAUGUUUAAGCAGUCUGAAUUGAUCACCCAUGAGAGAUUUGAAAGUGCAUGUGAAGAAUUAAAUAAUGCAUUACAUCGGGAGCAUCAGGCACAAGUCCUUUUGAAUGAACAGGCGCAACAGCUACAGGAGUUAAAUAAUAAACUAGAAUUGCACUCCAGUGAAGAAGCAGAAAAAAACCAAGUCUUAAGUGAAACUGUAAAGAGACUCUCUGAGGCAAAGAUGGAGCUGAGAAGAAAAGAUCAAUCUCUGCGUCAGCUCAAUAGACUUCUUACCCAGCUGGAGCAGGACAAGCGUGGACUGAAAGAGAGCAUCCGUGAUGCAGAGAGUGCCCUCUGCAUGGCAGUGAAAGACAAAGAAUUGAUUAUUAGUCAUAUGAAAUCUGUGGAAGCCACUCUUCAUAAGGUCAGAGAUCAGACCUUGCUGUCACGGACUGCGGCAACCAGGAAUGACUUCACCCUGCAGCUACCCAAACUGCACCUAGAGACCUUUGCAGUGGAAAGGCUGAAGGGCAGGCCAGAGGUUGUAGCAUUUCAGGUGGGUUUCAGAUGGGCCAUGAUUAAAAGUUUUAUGGAUAUCUACCAACUUGCAAGUUCCAGAAUUGACAUGUUAGUGAGAGAAGCAGCAUCUCAUCAGCUUCAUGGUGCAGCCCUAAAGUCCAAGCUCCAAACAGCUUGUCUUCAUGAAAGUGAGAGCUUACAAUUGAAUCAAAGGAGAGUAGAAAAUGAAGGGGAAAAUACAGUAAUUUAUAAAGAUGAUGAAGUGAGAAAAGUUUUGUGUGCACUGGAGAAAUGGAAAUUUAGGGAGCCAAAAGGAUAACUUUAACUGAAAGGGGCAGAAGGAAUCAAGAGGGAGUUCAAACAUCACCAUGGCUUCAAGCUAGGAAUUCAGCCUGAGCAGAGCUGUAUCCCAGAUUUUUUGGCAUUGCGAGAUGAACCUGACACAUCCUGCAGUUUUAUGCACAAUAGAGCCAGUUCUCAGUCUUCAGUCUAUUCCUUCAGCCUGAAUGUCACAUCCAGUCCCAAAAGAACAAUGGAAAAUGGAUUUUCAGGUUCUUUGUAUCAAUAAUCUUUUAGAAGGAAAAAAUUGCAUUAAUGUAAAAUGAUGCAAUUAAAGUGCAAUUUUGUUGCUACCUUUGAAUUGUAGUUCAGCGUAUGUAUUUUUGACAUUAAUUUUACAUUUUUAUGAAAAUGUGCAUUCGUAUGUUCACAUCUCUGCACUUCUCAUUCUUUGCAUACCGAAAGAGUUAUUUUUUUUAACUUUUAUUUAUUGCAGUUGUUCGUUUUUUAUGUAGUAUAUUUUUAAAUGUUAAAGAAUGACACAUUUUGGGUAAUUUUCCUCAGUCUUAAAAAAAAAAAAUCAAUAAGCCAUUUUAGUCUCUAUCUAUCAAAGUUGUUUCAUACUUGUCUAUUUUAAAGCAGGACUGCAAUACUUUAAUAGGAUUGAGAGAGCUAUUUGAAAUGUAUGCCAAUGAUUCCUGUCAUUUCAUGGCAGCCCUGCCAUGGUUCACUGAGCCCCCUCUUUUCUCUUGUCAGCUCAACUGAAGACAAGCAUUUAGUUGCAAACUUUAAGCAGGUUGUGCAAAACAGAAAUGAUGUGACUGCUUCUCUUCCUGCACAAUAAUGUCACUGCUGGUCAAUGUGAGAAGGUCAGGUUGCUCCUUGUAAAGCUACAUGAUACCACUUGCCUAUUUGAACAAGUUAAGUUAACUGCUGAAUCUGGUCCCUGCAGGCGCUGAAAACUCACCCUUUUAUCAAGUCUGCAUUUCAUAAGAAAGAAGAACAAUUGUGCAGGGAGGUUUUCUGAUGAUAUGUUUAUGUACUUUAUAAGGACAGUUCCCAAACCAGUGUUGCAGGUAAUAUAUUUAGUUUAAGCUGAAAGACUUUAAAGUAAUGGCUGUUUUGACCUUCAAAUAGACUCCUUUUUUGUUGUUGUUGGUAGGACCCAAGAGUGACGCCCAUCUUUGAUGCUGACAGAAUUUAAAGCAAGGCCAUUGCCCUGCAUUUUCUGCCUUGUAGCACACAAAAGUAAAAUUGUAUGUCAGGCCGAGAUGUCGGGGAGCUGACAAGAUGCCCCAGUGACAUUUCAGCUGGAAAGAGCAAGUGUCUUGCAACCAAGUGGUCAAAUAUCAAAUAAUAGGUCAAGCAGGAAGGAGCUGAGUUCUAACCACAAAGAGGUUUCUGGUAACUUACUUGACAAGCUUUUGGGUGCUUUGUGGCUUGACAAAGUGAUGUUCUGUUGGGUAUCGCUAGACAGACUGUUCUUUAUCGCCUUCAGAAGAUCAGACAUUGACAUUGAUUAAACUCUUUAACCCUUAAAGGUUAAAUCCUAGCAGUUUCAUCGUUGUGAAUGAAGAACAAAAGAAAAUUUGUAAUAUACCAUUUGUUUUCAUAUUAAUCACUGAACUCCCCAGUGCUAUUAACUUUUGGUGUGCUAUGUAGUUUUUGACAAAAAGAUUGAAUGCAAAAUCUAUAUAAUAGAUUGUUUCUCAUUAUGGGCCAGUGAUACAUUAGAAAAAUAAUAUUAUGCAUUAUGGAAUUUGUAAUUUCUUCUAAUAUGUCAAAUGUAGGAUUUGAUUUUAAAGCCUCACAACUACUACUGAAAUUCCAUUUUGGUCGGAAAACAAUAUUUGCAUAGAUAAUACACCAUUUACAAUGACCAAAGUCUUCCAAAUACCCUUGUUUUCAGGUACCAGAAAAACUAAAAUAAAUCUUAAAUUUACAACAGAAAAACUUUAAUCCAAGAUAGCUUCAAGCUUUCAGGUAUCCCCCUAUUGUGCAAGUCCAUUGCUCACAGCCAUGCUGGGCAUGUGUGUAUGUAUACUAAUAUGGAGCCAUGUAAAAACAAUAAUAAAUCCUGCAGAACUCUCACAUGUAAGAGUUGGCUGAUAGAGGAAGAACACUCCUUUUCUUUACGAUGAUGUAUUUAGUCUUGAAUACUGAAGAAAGAAGUUUAGUUUCCCUCCAAAAGUCUUGGCUCCCCUCUUUCCUGACAGUGACUGUUCCUGGUAAAGGCACUGCAAGUACUGUAUUCUGCUCUCCCAAAUAAAAUGUCAAAGAUCUGUUA